CGGGGUUGGGAGCACUUUGCGCCGAAAGGAGCAGAGCUGGAGAGUUGACGGCAUCGUCUGGAUGUGGAAAGAUCAAUACAUGAUUUAUUUUGUAUUCAUUUACCACAAAUAAUUAAAACGUGUAAGAUGCAGCAUUAUGGUGACAGUGGCCCCGGAGUCCUCCAGGAUGUCCCGUGUUUUACAGUGUUCACAUCCACGGGCUGAUAGACCGUAUGUGACAUGACGUGGCCUCAUUUUUGUUUUGGAAGAUAAGGUCUCUUGGCCUAAUCAGAGUGUCUCAGGAACAAGAAGAAAGUAACCGACUAGGUUCCAGACAUGGUUUUUGGCUCAGGAAUGACAGCUCAGACCCCUGCCCCCGAGGGCACGUGGGGGACAGGGCGGUGGUGCUCCCAGGCCAUGGUAGUGGGGUGGUGCUGUGGUUUGGGUCUGCUCUGGAAGCCAACAGAAAGCAAAGCAGAGGUGCUUAGCAGGACAGUGGUUUGAGUAGCAGAACUGAGUAUGGGAACAGCAGCCCCUGGGUGGAAGGGCCCGUUCGGGAGAAGCCAGGAGGCGGGCAGCGUGACACCAGGCCGCGAGGUGUGUGCGGCAGGAUGGGCCAGGCGGGCGGGGGCCACUGAGACUCCGGGCCCUCGGCCGGCUCGGCCAGCGGUCAGGCUGUCACGGGAAGCCGACUUGAGCUGGUGCUCGGAGUGGACUGAGGAAGCAGGAGGCUGCCGGGUAGAGCUGGGCUGGCGGUGAGGACGCACAGGGUUUCUGAGCUGCGGCUCGCUUCUCAAAGAACACUACCUUUUGGUGGUUUGAAGCCAGGAGAGCCCUGUACCAAACAGCACGGCACCAGACGUGCUAUAGGACCCAUGUGGUUAGCGGUUUGCCUCAUGUCACAGGUCACCAUGUGAUCUCCCUGUCCCUGUCUGUCUCGCUUUUGCAGGUGGCAGAAACGCAGUCCUGCGUGACUUUGAUUCCUGCCCACUCUCCGGCCACACUUCUCUCGCUCUGGAUGAUGUCAGAACAGGAUCUGGCGGAUGUGGUGCAGAUUGCUGUGGAAGACCUGAGUCCUGGUCACCCAGUGGUCCUGGAGAACCAUGUGGUGACCGACGAUGACGAGCCGGCCUUGAAGCGCCAGCGCCUGGAGAUCAACUGCCAGGACCCCUCCAUCAAGUCGUUCCUGUACUCCAUUAACCAGACGAUCUGCCUGCGGUUGGAUUCCAUCGAGGCCAAGCUGCAGGCCCUGGAGGCCACCUGUAAGUCGUUGGAGGAGAAGCUGGACCUGGUCACGAACAAGCAGCACAGCCCCAUCCAGGUCCCCAUGGUGGCCGGCUCCCCCCUCGGCGCGACCCAGACGUGCAACAAAGUGCGAUGCGUCGUCCCCCAGACUACAGUAAUACUCAACAAUGAUCGGCAGAACGCCAUUGUAGCCAAGAUGGAAGACCCCUUGAGCAACAGGGCACCGGAUUCCCUGGAAAAUAUCAUUAGCAACGCGGUGCCCGGGAGACGGCAGAACACCAUUGUGGUGAAGGUGCCGGGUCAGGACGACAGCCACAACGAGGACGGGGAGAGCGGGUCCGAGGCCAGCGACUCCGUCUCCACCUGCGGGCAGUCGGGAAGUCAGAACAUUGGGAACAACGUCACCCUCAUCACCCUGAACUCGGAAGAGGACUACCCCAACGGCACGUGGCUGGGCGACGAGAACAACCCGGAGAUGCGGGUGCGCUGCGCCAUCAUUCCGUCCGACAUGCUGCACAUCAGCACCAACUGCCGCACCGCUGAGAAGAUGGCGCUGACUCUGUUGGACUACCUCUUCCACCGGGAGGUGCAGGCCGUGUCCAACCUCUCGGGCCAGGGCAAGCACGGCAAGAAGCAGCUCGACCCCCUCACUAUCUACGGGAUCCGGUGUCACCUUUUCUAUAAGUUCGGAAUCACGGAGUCUGACUGGUAUCGAAUCAAGCAGAGCAUCGACUCCAAGUGCCGGACAGCCUGGCGGCGGAAGCAGCGAGGCCAGAGCCUGGCCGUCAAGAGCUUCUCCAGGAGAACGCCGUCCUCCUCCUACGGCGCCUCAGAGACUGUGAUGAGCACGCCGCCCCCCGCCAGCGAGAUGCCGCAGCCCCCGCCACAGGCCCUGCACUACGCCCUGGCCAACGCGCAGCAGGUCCAGAUCCACCAGAUCGGAGAGGACGGCCAGGUCCAAGUAAUCCCACAGGGCCACCUCCACAUCGCGCAGGUGCCACAGGGGGAGCAGGUGCAGAUCACGCAAGACAGUGAGGGCAACCUCCAGAUCCACCACGUCGGACAGGAUGGGCAGGUGCUGCAGGGGGCCCAGCUGAUAGCCGUGGCCUCUUCCGACCCUGCUGCCACGGGGGUGGACGGCUCACCUCUCCAGGGCAGCGACAUCCAGGUCCAGUACGUCCAGCUGGCUCCAGUGACUGACCACACCGCCGCGGCUCAGACCGCGGAGACCCUGCAGCCCCCCCUGCAGCCCGAGAUGCAGCUGGAGCACGGGGCCAUCCAGAUCCAGUAGGCGGGCCGGCCGCGGCCACCCUGCCCUCCACGCGCCCCGCCCCGGUCCCACGGCUUUGCACGGAGGUGGCUGCACGUGUUCAGCUCAAGUGCAUCAGGAAGCCUCACCCACGGGGAGGGCACCCCAGUCCACAGAGCUGGUGACAGGGACUGCCGCUGCCCCUGCCGGAAGACCCUUCCCUUCUGUCCCACUGUCGGUGUCUCGGGAAGAGUGGGCAGCGCAGCGCGGAUCGCGUCCCGGACAUGCGGAAAAUCAAGAACUAUGAUAUUUUUCUCUGUUCAAACAGCUUUUUUUAAUUUGCUAUGGUGUUUAUAACAAAAAAGAAAACUGAAAAAAAAAAGUGAAGUAGCAGAAGCCUUUUGCCAUGUGCUCUGUUCAGUGUAAGGAACAUAGGUAUUUGCAAAAGACAACUAAGGAUUUUGAUGGAAAUAUUGCUUACCUACUUUUCUAGGGGGAAAUGCUCUCAGAACUGUUAAUUAUGCAUUUCUAAUGAAAUAAAAUGUAUUUAUGACCACAGCA